AUGAAUAACAUCAAACUGGUAGUACUAGGUGCCGGAUCAGUUGGCAAGAGUUCUUUGACAAUUCGUUAUGUCCACAACGAGUUUAUUGAUAGAUAUGACCCAACCAUUGAGGAUAUGUACCGCAAGGUUGUAGAGAUAAGUGGUGAUCACUUUAUGCUGGAGAUCAUGGAUACGGCUGGAACAGAGACCUUUUUGGCAAUGAGAGACCUAUAUAUUAGGAAUGGCCAAGCAUUUAUGUUGGUCUAUAGUAUAACUUCAAAGUCAUCAUUCUUGGACCUCGAGUCUGUAAAGGAUCAGAUAUUGCGUGUAAAGGAUAUGCCAGUGUCCAAGCUGCCCAUACUGGUGAUUGGCAACAAAUCGGAUCUGGAGAAUGAGCGUCAAGUACAGUCUCAGGAAGCCGAGAAGGCCUGUGCCAAGUGGGGACUGCCCUUCAUGGAGACCAGUGCCAAGACCAACAUGAACAUCUCCUCCGCCUUUGAGUGUUUGGUACGCGAGAUGCAAAAGAAGACACUCGGCAAGAAUAAGUCCUCCAAGAAGAAGGCAAACUUCUGUCACAUUUGCUAA